CUUGGGCGCUCCAAGGGCAGACGAAGAGUCCACCCGACAGAAGCUACACAGGCUAAGGUUGUGUGCGUGAGGCCAGAAAGCGUGCGUGAAAGAGGAGCGUGGCCUCGGCAGCGCAGUUUCGGCUCAAGAGCAGGUGGUGGACACCUUUGGCGAGCAACCAACACCCGCGUGGAUCCUUUGCCAAAAGAGCGGGGGGGGGUGGGGAGAGUGAGGCGAGCCCGCUCGCUGGAAGAGAGAUCAUUCCCUGUCCCCACAAGGGCGGAGAAGAGGAGCUCGUGCUCGAGAGCGGAAUCACAGCAGGCCAACAGGCGAGAGACCAUGUCCGGCUCGACAACCGCCAGGAGAGAGGUGUCGGAGUGGCUGAAGUCGCAAACGACAGAAGCGGGAGACGGUGGGGUCGGGCGCAUCGAGAUCGACCACGUGAAGGAGGAAGAGAGGCGCAUCGUCCUGAAGGAGGCCUCGAGGGCCCAGGUCUUCUCCAUCACCUACCAGAAGGAGUACCCCAACUCGGUUGAUGAAUACCUGUUCUUGGAGACGGACUCUAAGGUGGCCGACUUCGUGGCCGUGAUCAACGACCUACGGGACUACGUGUACGGGCAGCCCACCUCGCUAACCCUUACCGCUCUCCUCGACCAGCUCAAGAAAAAGUCGGCGAAGAAGGGGAUGGGGGCCCUGGGAGCGGCCCCAAGCUCCGCCGCCCUAGGCCAGGAGGGCCCACACGGCGAAGUUGCCCAAGAAGGAGGGGAGGGGUGUAGCGACGGGGGGGGUGAUGGCAGCGCGGGAGAUGGAGGCGACGAUGAAUUUGGAGAGGAGGAGGAGGAGGAGGAGGAGGAGGAAGACGGGAACGAGUCCGACUAUGUGUGA